GGUCCCCGCGCCCACCCGGCCUUCUUGUUCUCAGCUUCGGGGCUGUCCAAGGAUAUGUUGCCCGGGCCGUACCCCCGGACGCCGGAGGAGCGGGCAGCCGCCGCGAAGAAGUACAAUAUGCGGGUGGAAGAUUAUGAGCCCUACCCCGACGACGGCUUCGGGUAUGGUGACUAUCCCAAGCUCCCUAAUAAGUCUCUUCAUGAGAGAGACCCCUGGUACCAGUGGGACCAGCCGGACAUGAGGCAUAACUGGGGACAGCCGAUGCACUGGGACUUUGACAUGUACAUUCGGAACCGUGUUGACACGUCCCCCACGGUGGUUCCCUGGCACACCAUGCGCAAGCACUUCCUUGUCUUUCUGAGCACCAUGCUGAUCAUGUUUGCUGUCGGGCAGAUCUAUCCCUCCUACAGGCCUGUGGGACCGAAGCAAUAUCCCUUCAAUGACCUGUAUCUGGAGAGAGGAGGAGACCCCAAUAAAGAGCCGCCGGUGGUGACGCACUAUGAGAUCUGAAAGCUGUUGACACGCCGUGUUUCUCCUGUCUCGGCUCUGCUGGGGAUGGCACCUUCUCUAGAGUUCACUGUAGUGUAUGUUAAUGCUUGUUCUUCAAUGUCCAGCCUCUAACUGCAGUGAAAUAUAUCUGUGAUACCUAC